UGCUCCAAACACCUAGCUCACACACAACGCAGGGAUAUUAACAAGGACAAGAAACUCCUGAAACCUCUAUCCCAAACUUUUUAGGGUUUUCAAAGUCGGCAACAGAACCUAUCUGCUUUGAUCUUUGCUUUCUCGGUUUUCAAUCCUUAUUUUGCUUCAUCAGUUCAUUAAAUCUGAUAAAGAUUUUCCAAAAAUGGGUUACGGUUGCGAUUACUGUGGCGAGGCAAAAUCGAUGGUGUAUUGUCGACCAGACGAAGCUUACUUAUGUUUAUCGUGUGAUCGUUAUAUUCAUUCCGCAAACGCAUUAUCAAAACGCCAUUCAAGAACACUCGUAUGUGAUAGAUGCAAUUCAAAACCAGCAUUCGUUAGAUGUGUCGAUGAAAAACUCUCACUUUGUCAAAAAUGUAACUGGGACGGUCACACCGGUUCUAAUUCCGAUUCCGGUAGCCAUUGUCGGCAAAUGUUAAAUUGCUACUCCGGCUGCCCAUCGGCGGUGGAACUAUCUUCCAUCUGGUCGUUCAUGUCAGUCGAUAGUUUAUUUGGAACUAAAGAAACAUCAGUCGCUGAAUCCAUUUCUCACAAUUCACAUGCUACAAAGAGAUAUGAUGUUCAAGUUCAACCCACAUGCAGUAAUGCAGCUUCAUUUGAUUCAUUAAGAAGCUGCAAAACAGAACCACCACACGUUUGUUAUAAACCACAUUCCACUAUUUCAUUUUCAAGCCUCACUGGAGAAAGCAAUACACGUGAUUAUAAAGAUUGUGGGGCUUCAUCUAUGUUUCUCAUGGGUGAGCCACCAUGCUGCACCCUGGCUCACGAUAGCACUACUCCUUCAGGUAUCAGAAACGAUACGGUUCUUCCUUACAAGGAAAAAAAGAAAACCCGGAAAUGUGAGAAGAGAGUAAGAUAUGCUUCACGAAAGGCAAGAGCGGAUGUUAGAAAGCGCGUGAAAGGGAGUUUUGUGAAAGCUGGUGAUGCGUAUGAUUAUGAUCCCAUGAGUCAAACCAGAAGCUAUUGAGAAUUUGAGACUAUAUAUAGGCCUUAGAUAUAUGGCCUUAAAUAAGCUGGUGAUGCGUAUACUUAUGAUCCCAUGAGUCAAACCGAGAAUUUGAAACUAUAUUAUUUAAGACCAUAUAUCUAAGGCCUAUGUUUGGAAAAAAAAAAAAUAAGCUAGCUUAUAAUAUAGUCUCAAAUUCUCAAUAGCUUCUAGUUUGACUUAUGGGAUCAUAAGUAUACGCAUCAUCAGCUUAUUUAAGGCCAUAUAUAUCUAAGGCCUAUGUUUGGAAAAAAAAAAGCUAGCUUAUUGUAAUUUAGUAUUUGGUAAAGCAAUAAAAGUAGUUUAUUAUAAUUUAUAAAGUAGUUUAUAAGCUAGUUUGCUAAACACUACGUAAGUCUUUCAAGGAAAGAAGAUUGGUCAAACCGAGGGAAAACUUAAAACAAGAUUGGUUAGAUCAAUUGAAGACCGAGGGAAAAAUCAAGAUUUGCCAUGAAAGAUGGGAUCUUGAUUUUUGACAUGAUCUACCAACAAAAAGGAGUAAAUUUCUUAUACUCUUUUAAAAAAAGCAUGUUGUGAUAAUCGGCAUGAUUUGUGAGGGAUGAGAUGAAGAUGCUUGUAAUAUUGCAUGUGAUUAUCGAUGUAUUGACAUAAACAAAGAAUUUGGG